CUCCUCAAAAUUCUCCAACCUUUGCUUCUUCUUCCAUCUUUCUUCAACGACUUUCCUUCUUCUUUAACGCCGACGUGUGUCUGCAAUAAAACACAUAUAUUCCUCGAUCGAUCUCCCUUUCCUCAGAACGUUUACUAAUUUGUUAAUUUUCAAGAAUUUCCUAAAUUAUCUUUAUCUUUCUUGUUUAAACAUACAUAUAUAGAGAUGGUGGAAGAAGUAGGUGCAUUUGUGAACCAAGGAGGAGAUAAUGAGGUGGUGGAUUUGCCUCCGGGGUUUCGGUUUCAUCCAACUGAUGAAGAGAUCAUAACUCACUACCUUAAAGAGAAAGUCUUCAACGUCCAGUUCACCUCGGCUGCAAUUGGUCAAGCCGACCUUAACAAGAACGAGCCUUGGGAUCUACCAAAAAUUGCAAAGAUGGGAGAGAAGGAGUUUUACUUUUUUUGCCAGCGGGAUAGGAAGUACCCGACCGGCAUGAGGACGAACCGUGCAACCCUGUCCGGUUACUGGAAGGCAACCGGGAAGGACAAGGAGAUCUUUAGGGGCAAAGCUUGUAUUGUUGGGAUGAAGAAAACACUUGUGUUCUAUAGAGGAAGAGCUCCGAAAGGUGAAAAGACCAAUUGGGUUAUGCAUGAGUAUCGUCUUGAUGGCAUAUAUUCUUAUCACAAUCUCCCUAAAUCUUCAAGGGAUGAAUGGGUGGUGUGUAGGGUUUUCCACAAGAACGCUCCUCCUCUCACUAUUACUACUACUACUACUACAAAUCAACUCAUAAGGAUUGAAUCUCUUGACAACAUUGAUCAUCUCUUAGACGUCUCUUCUCUCCCUCCUCUCAUCGAUCCCGGUUUCUUGGGUCAACCCGGUCCAAGCUUCUCAGGUGCCGGCCAACGACAAGACCUCAAGCACAUCCUCCAUUACCCUACAACCGCGGCGGUCGACAACACUUACCUCCCUGAACAAAUCGUCAAUUACCCUUACCACUCGGUCCCAAAUCCUGGAUCUGGUUCGGGUUACGGGACUGGCUCGGGAAAUAAUAGUAACCGUAUGAUCAAGUUGGAGCGUUCUCUUGUGAGUGUGUCUCAAGAAACCGGUUUAAGUUCCGACGUGAACACAACCGCGACGCCAGAGACAUCUUCGUAUCUAAUGAUGGGGUCUUCGGUGGCCAAUGCGGCAAUGAUGGAUGGUAACAACACGUCGUAUGAUGAUGACUUGGGGAUCUUUUGGGACGACUACAAACUAAUUUGAAGGUUAUUAUUAAUUCUGAAUCUGUUAGAGUGGCAAUUGUUUAGUGAUUUUAUUCAGGUAAUUAAUUUGUCUAUAUAUUGUAAGUUUAUUAGGUUUUCCUAGGCAAUUAACUUUUAGGUAAAUGAUGUUUUUACUUAGUUUGUAGUUUGGGUGAAAAAGACUUUGUAACUUUUUUAGGCUA